AACAUUACUUUAACUUUACACGGCUCAAUGUUUUUAUCCUUAAAACAGUGCACGUUUUAAAAGCAAGAUACCUUAUUGUUUGGUCUGUGCUCUACUUUUUUCCUUUUAAAUCGUUUAACACCUGUCCGAGUUUUUAUAACGUUGUGUGCGAAUAUUAUGUCUGGUUUACAUAAUAUGAUGCUUGAAUUAUAAAAAAAUAUAAUUAAUAAUAAGUUAUGAUUAUUUCAUGAAAGUUUUUUAAAAGACAAUACAAACUUUGAAGACUAACAAUGUCAUUGUUGCACCAAAGUACUGACCCUUCAAAGCGUGAUGACUGUACAACUGUAAAUAAAUCAACAGAUAUGGUUGCCUCAGCAGUUAAGCAUCAACCAAAGGAGCCAAUACGAUUCAAUAAUAUUAUCAAAUCAUACAAUGACAAAAGAAAUUACAGAGGAUUAAUUCUUCACAACAAAUUAAAAGUGCUACUGAUAAGUGAUCCAACUACAGAUAAGAGUGCUGCUUCUCUAGAUGUUAAUGUUGGUUACUUAAGUGAUCCAAAGGAGUUGCCAGGCUUAGCUCAUUUUUGUGAACAUAUGCUGUUUCUUGGUACAAAUAAAUAUCCAGAAACAAACGAUUAUAAUUCGUAUUUAUCUCAAAAUGGAGGUGCUGGUAAUGCUGCGACAUAUCUCGAUCACACAAAUUACUAUUUUGAUGUUAAUCCUGAUAGUUUGGAAGGUGCACUAGAUCGGUUUUCACAAUUCUUCAUAUGUCCUCUGUUCACGGAAUCAGUGACAGACAAAGAAAUCAAUGCUGUUCAUUCAGAGCAUGAAAAAAAUUUGCCAAAUGAUAUUUGGCGACUCGAUCAGCUAGAUAAAUCUUCAGCAGAUCCAAAUCAUCCGUACUCUAAAUUUGGAACAGGCAGUAAAGAGACACUAGUUAUUAUUCCUAAAGAAAAAAAUAUAAAUGUUAGAGAAGAGUUAUUUAAUUUUUAUAAUACCUGGUAUUCAGCAAAUAUCAUGUCACUAAGUGUCCUUGGCAAAGAAAAUUUGGAUGAACUAGAAAAAAUGAUUGUGCAAAUGUUCUCUGACAUAGAAAAUAAGAAUGUAGAAGCUCCAAAAUGGACUGAACAUCCAUUCAUGGAAGAGCAUUUUAAAAUGAAAUGGUCUAUAGUACCUGUGAAAGAUCUAAGAAAUCUCAAUAUUACUUUUCCCAUUCCAGAUCUUCAAGAGCACUUCCGAGCGGCGCCCGUGUACUAUUGGUCGCACUUAUUAGGUCACGAGGGAAAAGGUUCAUUACUGUCGGAAUUAAAGAAGAAGGGGUGGUGUAAUUCGUUGAUGACAGGCAAAAAAUCAUCCGCUCGCGGAUUUGAUUUUUAUAGUAUAAACGUAGAUUUGACCGAAGAAGGACUUUUGCACGUUGAUGAUAUCAUCACGAUGACUUUUCAGUAUAUCAACAUGCUCAAGAGGGAAGGACCUGUUCAAUGGAUUUUCAAAGAAUACAGUAACAUAGCAACAAUGAACUUCAGGUUUCGCGAGAAAUCCUCGCCAAGUAAUUACGUCGAUUCGACCGUGCAAUCUCUUCAACAGUAUCCCAUCGAAGAAGUUCUUAGCGCACCACGUCUGGUUAGCGAAUGGAGACCCGAUUUAAUAAACGACGUGAUGACUUAUCUUAAGCCUGAAAACAUCAGAGUACAUGUACUUGCAAAAGCUUUUGAAAAUGAAGCAGAUAGUGUUGAACCUUGGUACGGGACAAAAUAUAAGAAAGAAAAAAUACCCGACGAAUUGAUAGCUCGGUGGAGUAAUGCUGGUGAGAAUGAUGCUUUCCAUCUACCCGAGAAAAAUGAGUUCAUUCCAAGCAAGUUUGAUAUUAAACCACAUGACAAGGUGGAUAAAUUCCCUGUGAUUAUCGAAGACAAUCCACUCUUCAGAGUCUGGUUUAAGCAAGACGACGAGUUUCUUUAUCCCAAAGCUUCAAUGACCUUUGAUUUUGUUAGCCCUUUAGCGUAUAUAGAUCCAAUGAGUAGUAAUAUGACAUACAUGUUCGCUCAAUUAUUUAAAGACUCGUUGAACGAGUAUGCUUACAAUGCGGAUUUAGCUGGACUCAAGUGGGAAUUGAAUAACAGUAAAUAUGGUUUGAGCUUGCUCAUAGGAGGCUACGAUCAUAAAUUGGAUGUAUUGCUGGAAAAAAUUUUGGAUAGAAUGAUGAACUUCACUGUUAACGAAAAAAGAUUUGAUAUUCUGAAAGAGAAUUAUAUCCGAGGCUUAAAAAAUUUUGAAGCAGAACAACCGUAUCAGCACGCAGCUUACUACCUCGCAGUGCUUUUAUCAGAGCAAGUAUGGAUAAAAAACGAGCUCUUGAAUGCCUGCUCAAUGUUAACGGCGGAAAGAGUACAGCAAUUUAUUCCAAUGCUCAUGAGUAAAAUGCACAUCGAGUGUUUGAUCCACGGUAAUAUAACCAAAUCUGAAGCUUUGAAAACUAUAAAAAUGGUUGAGUCUAAGCUUACCUCGUCUGUCAAAGAUUUGACUCCUUUGUUGCCGAGACAAUUAGUCUUGUAUCGAGAGCUCGAACUGCCAAAUGGUUGCCACUUUUUGUACGAAGUCGAGAAUAAGCACCACAAAAGUUCCUGCACACAAAUUUACUACCAGACGGGAAUGCAAUCGACAGAGAGUAAUGUGUUGCUAGAACUGUUUACGCAAAUCAUUUCUGAACCCUGUUAUAAUAUUCUACGUACCAAGGAGCAACUUGGUUAUAUUGUCUUUAGCGGUGUUCGUAGACAGAAUAGUGUUCAAGGACUACGUGUUAUCGUACAGAGUAAUAAACAUCCGCAAUAUGUCGAGGAGAGAAUCAAUGCUUUCAUGGAGUCAAUGCAGGAGUAUAUUGAGAAUAUGAGCGAGGAAGACUUCAAUAUGCACAAAGAAUCAUUGGCAACGCAUCGGCUUGAGAAACCAAAAAUGAUGAGAGCACAGUCGGCAAUUUAUUGGGCUGAAAUUGCUAACCAGCAAUAUAACUUUGAUCGAGCUAAUAUUGAAGUAGCCCAUAUGCGAACGAUUACAAAGCAACAAAUACUUGAUUUCUUCAAGAAUGUAGUACAACUGAACUCGCCAGAACAGCACAAGCUUUGUAUCCACGUGGUGUCAACUGCCGAAGGUGGUGCUGGAACGCAAGAUAUUAGUUCAACAAGUGAAGACACACCCGAGGAGCAAUUGCAGAAACAUACAGUAGUUGAGGAACCGGUACGCAUUAAUGAUAUUCUUCAGUUCAAGACGAGCCAUCCACUUUAUCCACUUGUAAAACCUUUCAACAAUAUAUCGAGGAAAGGCACUCAACAACAAUCGAAACUGUGAUGAGCUGCAUUCUGCGCUAUUGAAACAAAGUUGAUUGUAAGCGAGUACAACGGUGCUUGAUCAAUUUUUUAAUUAAUGAAUGUUAUGGUGUUUUAUACAAUUUUCUUUUCAUUCGAACCGACGUUCAAAAUUCUGUAAUUCAUUGGUGCUAGUAUAAAAAUAUAAAACUACACGUGCCCAAAUAUUAAAAAAAACAAGGGAAAUUGAUGAUUAUAUUGAUGAAAUCGAAUACCAGUGAUAAAAUGAAUGAAUGAUCAUUUGUAGUCGAAUAUGAAUUUGUACCAUAAUUUUUAUUUAAAAUUUCCUGUAUUGAGUUUUUAAAUAUUUUACAAAAUUGAUUUAUGGAAUAACAGAAUCACUAUUAUAUUAAGAACGACAAGUAUCUUCGUCUUGAUUAAAAUAUGUAGAAAAUUUACGAGUUAAUGAAGUCUAACGAAAGUUAAUCAUUGUAUUCAAUCUAUUACAAUGCCGUAGGAACUUUCUAAAUAAGUAAAUUGCUAUAAUAUAACCAUUAUACUAUUAAUCAAAUGAAUUAAGUGAAAUUUCUAUAACUUAUAAUUUAUAUUCAAUGAACUUGGUACAAUUAUAUUUACAGGAUUUAUAAAAUUUUUGAAUACAUUAGCAAAAAACCUUUUUCUCAAAUAAGUUAUGAUCAUUUUUUUCAUUAACUAAACUAAAUUCCUAAUGGAUUACGUGUAUUUCAAUUGAAGAAACGUUAACCCGCAGUAAAAUGAAGAAUUAUAAAUAUUCGUACAUGCGUAAUAAACAAUAUAAUAGCGAAGCACAUAGCCUAAGACAGUUAUUUAUGGAAUGAUACAAUUGUAAAUAACACUCUAAUUUAAGCGAAUAUAGUACAAUAUAGUUAAAUACAUAAUCACUGUGCAAGUUAUCGCGCCAAAAAUUUGAUGCUUAAAUAUUUUUACAUCACACUACGAUCGUUACAUACAUAUGUUAUAUUAUUUGAAAACUUCAAUAAACUGGCAUAGAAAAUAUAAUCAUAUAAUAUUUUACUUAUUUUUACUUUUGUUGGAAUUGUAGGGAAUAAUUAUAGAUAGCUGUUGUGACUAAAUGUAUGAAAAAAUAUUUCUCGCGCUUUGUAGGAGAGUUUUAUCAUAGAACCGCCUGUGAUAUUCAUUAGACUUCUGCAGAAAGUUGACUGCGCUCAGGUUCGAGGACCAAACCUUAAGCCAAGUCAUAAGGCUUCAGUGGUCUUGGAGCUCGUAACCAACCCAACUUUUCACCUUCGUGCUUGGGUUGAACUUUUAAAGCGAUUUUAGCUUCCGAGCUUGUGAACUACUUACCUUCCAAAAAUCUACAAAUAUAUAAGUAUUUUAAAACGUCGGAUUUAUAACUUAUAAUCUACCAAAUUUUUUAAGUUUAUAUUUUAAGUUGAUCGAACUACGAUACUAGACUAUAAAUUAAAAUUGAAAUUAUGUAAGCCUACUUCGAAAAAAUGUUGAAAAACUGAAAUCUCGAAAAAAUUUAAGGUUCUAGUUGAGAAUGGGAUUAUUGCAUGCAGGCUCUUUUUAAAGCGAAUACAUGACACACUACAGACGUUCGCGCUUGCCGCUGUGACGGCACGUUUUUUGGUACCAGUCGAAUACAUAUCGAACAUAUAAUAUUCAAUCUCGAUACUUUUCCAAGUUUGAAAGGUACUUUUCCCAUAAUUGGUCGUUUGAUCUCCUUAGUAAGAGGCCACUACGGUAGAGCCACUUCAUUCAACGAUGUUACCGCGUUGCCAGCCGAAACGAAAAGUCGAAUAAUUUGACCAAACCAAUAAUUUUUAAUUCGUUUUAGAAUUUACGUCAAGUUUAUCUGUACGCGUUAAUUCUUAAUCUGUUCGUUCUACUACACAACUAGGUAACUUUUACAAACAUUCGAUCAAGGUUGUCAUAAGA